GGGGGGGCGUAACCGGGGCCCCGGGGGCGGAGCCAAACCCCGGUAGCGGGUGGUGGCACCGAGCAGCUCUCGGUGUCCCUGUGUGUGUCCCCCCCCGCGGGGUGUGUGUGUGUGUGUGUGGGGGUGUGUGUGUCCCCCCCCGGUGAUGGCCACCGGGAAGAACAUCGUCAUCUUCGGGGCCACCGGCAGGACCGGGCUGGCCACUCUGGCCCAAGCCCUAGAGGAGGGGUACACGGUGACAGUGCUGGUACGGGAUCAGGCCCGGCUGCCGGCCCAGCAUCAACCGGCACGCGUGGUUUUGGGGGACGCGCGGGACCCCGCGGCAGUGUCCGAGGCCGUCAGGGGACAGGACGCCGUCAUCAUCCUCCUGGGGACCAGGAAUGACCUGAGCCCCACCACGGUGAUGUCCGAAGGCACCAAGAACAUCGUGACAGCCAUGAAAACCCAUGGCGUCCGCAAGGUGGUCGCCUGCCUCUCAGCUUUCCUGCUGUGGGACCUGCAGAAGGUGCCCCCCCGGCUGGUGCCGGUGACGGAGGACCACAUCCGCAUGCACCGUAUCCUCCAGGAUUCAGGGCUCGACUGCGUCUACGUCAUGCCCCCCCCACAUCGCUGUAUCCCAGCUUAUCCCUGUAUCCCAUUAUAUCCCCCAUAUCCCAUUUUCCCCCCAUAUCCCAUUUCAUUCCCAUCUCCAACAUUAUCCCCAUAUCCCAUUUUAUCCCCCAUCCCAUUUUAUCCCUGUAUCCCACUUUAUCCCCUAUCCCAUUCUAUCCCUGUAUCCCAUUUUAUCCCCAUAUCCCAUUCUACCCCCUAUCCCAUUUUAUCCCCAUAUCCCAUUCUAUUCUCCAUCCCAUUUUAUCUUUAUAUCCCAUAUUAUCCCUGUAUCCCAUAUUAUCCCCCGUCCCAUUUUAUCCCCAUAUCCCAUUAUAUCCCCAAAUCUCAUCUUACUGCCAUAUCCCAUCUUAUCCCCAUACCCUAUUUAUUCCCCUAUUCCAUUAUCUCUCCAUCCCAUUUCAUCCCUGUAUGCCAUUUUAUCCCUGUAUCCCACUUUAUCCCUCAUAUCCUACUUCAUCCCACUCUCCCCCAUUAUCCCAGUUUCCCCAUCAUCACACUCUCUGCCUUUAUCCCAGACUCCCUGUUAUCCCCCUAUCCCCCAUUAUCCCAGUUUCCCCAUUAUCCUGCUAUCGCCCGCUAUCCCCCAUUAUUCCAGUCUUCCUGUUAUCCUGUUAUCCCCCAUUAUCCUGGUCUCCCAAUUAUCCCAGUCUCCCUUGUUAUCCCAGUCUCCCCUAUUAUCUCACUAUCCCCAUUAUCCCAGUCCCCCCAUUAUCCUGCUAUCCCUGAUUAUGCUGGUCUCUCCCAUUAUCCCAGUCUCCCCACUAUCCCAGUCCCCCUGUUGUCCUGUUAUCCUGGUCUCCUCCAUUAUCCCAGUCUCCCUUGUUAUCCCAGUCUCCCCCAUUAUCCCACUAUCCCCAUUAUCCCACUCUCCCCCAUUAUCCAUAUCUCCCCACUAUCCCGGCCUCCCUCGUUUAUCCCAGCCUCCCCCGUUAUCCGUGUCUCCCGUUAUCCGGCAGACGACCAGCCGCUGACGGGGGAUUACACGGUGACGGUGGGCGCAUCCGGAGGCUCCCGGGUUAUUUCCACGCACGACCUCGGCCAUUUCCUCCUGCGCUGCCUCCACACCUCCUGCUACGACGGAAAAAGCGUCUACGUCUCCCGGGAUUAUUCCAAGGAUUAGGGGGAUCCCUCGGGAUCGAUCGGGGUGGGCGGUGGCUCCCCAAAAUCCCCCCUAACUCCCCCCCACGCAUCCCCAGGGAGAUUAAAUCCAGUUUUUUCCCA